UAGCACGUGGGUUAUGGUUAAAACACGUGAAUGAACUGUAUUAAGCGAAGCGAGAGAAACGUCAUCAUCUAGAUCAGAGUUGGCAUCAUUUGAUUUUGGGGAAGUGCCGAGUUAACAUUUGCCAAAUGGCGACUGCCACGUCGUCUGUCACGUCGGUCGUGUUACUAUUGCUUUUCGUAUUUUCUGUAUGUGAUGGCGAUACUUACACAUUUGAUAAAGAUUUAGGAAUUGCAUUUGAAUUUAAAGUUCACGUGGAUGCGGGAAGAGAAGAAUGUUUCUAUCAAUUUAUUCACGCUGGAUCGACGCUAUUUGUUGCUUUCCAGGUAAUGCGAGGAGGAGAUGGGAUGGCUGGAUUUGCAAUUCGUAAUCCAAAUGGAUUACAUGUAUUUCCUUACCAAUGGAAGCCUAAUGCUGAAUAUGAAGAACAGAAAGUUGAAAUAUCUGGUUAUUAUCAACUUUGUAUAGAUAAUUCUCUAUCUCGAUUUGCAUCUAAACUUGUAAGUUUAUAUGUUAAUUCCUUCAAGCGUGAUGAAUGGGAGAGUUACAUCAAAGAAUUAGAAGAAAUGGAUGUCACUGUGGCCAACUUUACGGGCACAUUGAAGACUGUUGACGAAAGAGUUGGUGAAAUGCUCAAAUAUCAAGAUCAAAGCCGAAGACAAGUUUCAAGAGAUUGGUAUCUAGUAGAUGCAAACAACAGAUGGGUUCUUUAUUGGUCCCUUGCACAAUGCAUUGUCAUUUGUAUCACAUCAACCAUUCAGGUUGUCUUUGUGAGAAAACUAUUUGAGUUUAAAAAUGUCACACCAACGGCAAAGCCAAGAGCUUGAUAAGAGAUCAUAAACUUUGCCAAAUGCGUGCCUUGUGUUUGCGGGUAAAUACUUCAAAAUUGUCGGUCAUUCCAUUUUUUAUAAGUUAUUUUUUGUCAGAUAUAAAACGACCAAUUAAAUAAAAAAUUAUUUAAAUACUUGAA